CCCAGUUCACCCACAUCCUUCUACCGCGGACCACUUCCCCAGACUACAAGCAAUGUAGAGCCCCACCCAACGCCUACAUUAUCACCAUUAUCACUAUUAUAACCACCACCAUCACCGCAAUUACCAUCCCCCUCCUCCCCUUCCCCCGCCUUUCCCCACACUCCACGUGUCUGUGUUCCAUAACCACCUCUAUCUCUCGGAUGACCAUGAUCCCUGCAUCAUGCGUGGCAGCCGUCCCUUGCACCGCUUGACACAGGCCUGUGACCACUGCCGCGCGCGAAAGACGAAAUGUGAUCUCCGACGCCCGAGCUGCGCCAAUUGUGAGAACAGGUCGUUGGCUUGUCGCUUCUCUACCCAGCAGCGCAAACGAGGGCCUCGCCCAGCAUCCACCGAGGAGAGCGCAUCAAACGAUCUGCCUGGCGAUGGCGCUGACCAACCCCCCGAUGACCGUAACCUGAGAGCCCAGCAUGUUGAGGCUCUCCUCCCAGACGUGAUCUCACCGGGACUGAGCCAUGGACACUUCUUGUCCCCUUACUCGCCCUCAUCCUUUAUCUCAGAUUCGACGUCGCCUUUACCAUCACCCCCUGAUUCCAGUCAUGUCACUCAGAGUCCCGCCGUUUGCGCCGAAGUCGGUCCCCCGAGACAAGAUCCUGCUCUGGCCCAAAGUCCCAACAACAUCCAAAAUCCGCAUUCUACGCCGCCAAUACUGUUUGCUUCUAUUUACCAUGACCUCGACGCAUCAGUGGGCAAUCUCGGGCUAGAUCUAUCCAUGCCGGCGCUUGCCAGAAGAUGUGUGGCCCACUUUUUCGACUGCCUUUAUCCUAUCAUGCCAAUCGUCUAUCGACCAAAGAUUGAGCUUGGGUUGUGCCUUCUUCAGCCUGGCAUCGAAAGACGAGAAGUCGAUAUCCAAGUGUUUGCACUUACUAUGUCUGUGUGCGCGAUAGCUGCAGCAAUCAUCCCAAACACCAUUUUCAGCGAAGGCUCUUUGGUAGCAGACAAGUUCUACCGCGCCUCAAAGCGCAGCUUGGAUCUGUGCCGUGCUACGGAGUUGGGACAACCCACAUCAGCUUCAAUUGCGACCCGCUACUUUCAAUCAGGAUAUACUCAUUCCGUGGGAAGACCACGAACGUCAUGGGAUGAGUUGGAAGCCGCUAUUGCGAUUGCGCAAGGCAUGCAGCUACACGAUGAGGCGGCUUACACUCACAUGGACGAGGUGGAAAACCAAUUGUGUCGACGUCUCUUUUGGGUUCUUUUCACUGGCGAUAAAUCAGCAGGGAUCCUCGGAAAACAUCACAUCACACUAGGAAGGUAUCUGCUAGAGGGUGGAAUUACUGUCCAGUACUCCAAGAGCCUAGAGGACGAGGACCAAAAUUUACCGCAGUGCUCGACUGGGUCUUCACCGGCCCUCAUCACUGGAUUCAAUUUCAACCAGGACUUAUGGCGUGCUGCAUAUUCGGUUCUACUCGCGAUCGACGCAUUGCGGGAGCGAUACUCCGCCCGCGAAGCAGGGGAAGAACAACCAAGCGCAAUGCCAACUCCAACAGAGCUCGCGCGUCUAGGAGGCCUCUAUAUUGCAUUUGAGACAUCCCUUAGCAACGUGCCGAGGUGUUUACGGGCACACCCAACGCUCUCUUUACAUAGAGAGAACUUUCACUUCAGUCAAGAGAGCAGCAGCCUACAACUUUCACGCCCAUUUGCUCUCCAAAGAAUAAACCUACAUGUCUCGUACCAAUGCUUGCGCCUAGUUAUCUUGCAGGCCUUGUCAGGAUUAUUAGACGCUGGCAUUCCACUCUGGCACCUCGCGUCGCCACUCUGGCCGAAAUUUCUGCCUACGAAUGUGUCUCCCUCCGAAAGAGAUUUUGAUCCAUAUCUCCGCUUAAUUCAAAGCGCACAGCUGGAUCCUGUAGUUAACAAUGACGUAUCCGAAUUUCAAACAAACAGCAGCGGGAUGUCCACGAUGCUUCUACAGAAGGUUAAGAUUGCAGAAGAGAUGCUCUACAUUCUGCACACCAGUAGCCUCGAGAAUUUACGCUUGAACGGGGAGUCAUGCGUGGAGAAGAUUAGACUAGUUGGCGCCUCGAUGCUAGAACUCAUUGACCACCAUGCUGAUUCGCCGCUUGCGAAUAUUGCGAGAGAAUUUGGAGAUUUAUAUCCCCACAUACUUGCGCACAUGGAGUCAAAAGCUUCAGACUCGCUAUCAGAAAACACAUAA